AAUUGAUCAAACGCAACUUCUUCUUAAUUGCAACAGGAUUGAACGUAACUUGCGUUCAAUUGCAGAUUUGCGUUUAAUCGGAGGACUUACGCUCAAUUUUGGGAGUUGCGUUCGAUUUGCGUUCAAUCGCAGGUUUCACUUGCAACACCCAGGUCCCCCAGGUCCCAUCGGAGGUCCAUGCAGUCGAGCCCACGUCCACGGUCCGGCCCUCGCUCGCGUUGCGGGACCGAGGCCGAAGACCUACCCCGCGAGCGCGGCGCGUGGGUCGUCUGCAUGGUCGUCUGUCGGGGCGAUCGAGGCCGGCCUCAGCUAAUUCUAGUAAAUUCUGCACACAUAGGCCUAGGCCUACUGUAGCUACUGCAGUCUCAUGACAGUCAUAAUGGCAUCCGAAGAAGCUUUUAAUCCGAAGACUUAUUUUGACAUAAGUAUAGGAGGAGAGGCAGCUGGCAGAAUCUUGUUUGAGCUGUAUGCCAAGGACGUCCCAAAGACUGCUGAAAACUUCAGAGCACUAUGCACAGGGGAGAAAGGAAUUGGAAAGAUGGGCAAACCGCUCCACUACAAGGGCUGUAUAUUCCAUCGUGUGAUCAAGAAUUUCAUGAUUCAAGGUGGGGAUUUCACCAACUUCAAUGGAACAGGGGGAGAAAGUAUCUAUGGAGAAAAAUUUGCUGAUGAAAACUUCACUCACAAACACACCAGCGGAGGUCUGCUGAGCAUGGCUAACUCCGGCAAGGACACCAAUGGCUCUCAGUUCUUCAUAACAACCACAGAGACUCCGCAUCUGGACAACAAACACGUUGUGUUCGGCCGAGUUCUCAAGGGUAUCGGGUUGCUGAAGGAGAUCGAGAGCUCAAAGACGGGAGAGAAUGAUGUUCCCAUCAGGAGGAUUGAGAUCAGUGAUUGUGGAGAGCUUCAGCCAGGUGAGAAUGAUGGUAUGGCCAUUGUAGACGAUGGAACAGGAGAUGUUUUCCCAAAUUAUCCUGAAGAUUCAGACUUGGAUCUCACAGAUUAUGUGAAGGUCUUGGAGGUUGCCAUGAAGCUAAAAGACAUUGGAAAUGGAAAAUACAAAUCAAAAGAUUAUGAGUUUGCCAUCAGAAAGUAUGAGAAGGCUAUUAGAUACUUGGACACUCUUGAUCUUGAGGGUAAGCUGAAUGAUGUCCCUGAUGAAAAGAUCAAGGUUCUACAAAGCUAUCUCCCGCUAAGGCUGAAUAUGGCUGCCUGCAAGUUAGAACUAGACCUCAAUCACGAUGCCAUAGAACAGUGUGAUAAGGCUCUUUCCAUUGAUGCAGACAAUGCUAAAGGAUGGUUUAGGAGAGGAAAGGCUCAAAUGAACAUGAAGAAUUAUGAUGGAGCUUCGGAGGACUUUCAAACAGCAUUAUCAAAAGAACCAGAAAACAAAGCUGCAAGCAAUGAACUGAAGAAGGCCAAACAUUUCAUUCAAGAAAGGAAAAAGAAAGAAAAAGCAACAUUCGCCAAGAUGUUUUCCAGCUGAUGUUUCUUCAUUCCAAACAGUUUUAGGUGUUUUCUAUGUCUAUAAAUGUUUGAAAUACUCAGAUACAGGGAUAAUGGACAAUAGGUUUGUAUACUGUAAGAGUGGAAUAUUUUGUGAUGUGGAAGUGUUUCCAGUAUAACUGGUGCAAAACUCAGCCAAGCGCAAUAAGUUAAAGGGACGCUCCUGCUGCAGGAGACAUUAAAACAAUAAAUUGUGAGCUUUCAAGGUAUUUCUAUGUUGAGUGUAUAGUAGUGGUUUCAUGGUACACCAUAUAUUCUUUUGUGGGCGUAUGUUGGUCCUGAAAAGGACCACUCAAAUUUGACGUUUCUAAAAUUGUGUUCUUGUCGUCUUCAGGCCCAGUAAAGAAUACAGAGUGUAUAGUGAAACCACCACACUGUUUUUCUUCACCAUGUAAACCUUCAGAAUUUAUUUCGAUCUUAUUAAGGAAAAUAGUCUAUUAAAAAUUCCACUUUAAAAAUAGGCUUCUAAGUAGCCCCCACUUUCAAGCUAUACACCCAAAUAGUUGAAAUGUUUGGACCAUACUUUUUUGUGUAUUAUUGCAUUUAUGUAAUGUUUGUUCACGUGGCUCUCAAUAGACUUGUGUUAAUUUCAUAUCAUUUGGGUGAUUCUAAAACCUACAGCAUGUACACAAAUUCUUCAAUUCUCUAUCACUUUGAGGUAAUUUCCCUUUACCGGUAAUCAUUUUCAUGAUAUGGGGCCCUAUUUCAUAAAGAGUUACAACUAUGGUAACUUUACCACAACCUUUAUUCUGAUUGGCCGCUGAGCCCGGUUACCAUGGCAAUUGCCUUUUAUCAUGUUUGAAGUUGCAAUAAUGGAAAAGUUACCAUAGUUGUACAUCUUUAUGAAACAGGCUCCAGAACUGAUGUUUUACUUUAAACAAGUGGAAAUGACUACUUUUACAAUGAGCCACUAUCAAAUUUCUUGAAAGUUGUAGAUUGUAUUUGUUCCAAUGCAAGUUGGCUCAGGAUCCUAUUUGUGAAAGAGUGUUCAAAUGGUCGAUAUUUCAUUCAUGAAUUAAUGAACAAAUCAUUCAGUUAUAUAUAGAGUCUGUGUAGCUUACAAUCUAUCAAGAGAAUGUUUGUGUUUUUUUAGAGUCUUUGUUCAGUGAUUCACUAUGCAAAGUAUUAUAAUGGGUAUAUGGUGUUUAGCACAACUUAAUACUUUAUUGCCUGCUUUUCCUGAUCAUUCCAUGAUUCAUGCUCGAUUCAAGAGAUUUUGAGCUCAUCUAAAGACUAUUGAUUGCCAGAGAAGUCUUCCAAAGAAGGGCUCAUAGAGACUAGCAUAAAUUAUCAGAUUUGAACCUUUAUUUUUUUAUGCAGUGAAGAAUUAUGAUUUAAUGCAUAAAUUAGCAUAAUCAAAGAAAUCACACACAACUGUUACUUUGUAAUUAUGUUUAUUAUCAUUUAUUCUGGCAAAAAAUAAUACAUUUAAGAAAUUUAUGCAAUAAUAUACAAUGCAACAAAGUGUACAUCCACUGGACUGCCAGGGUAAAAGUUAUCUGGUUUGUCAUAGAUGUAAUCAAUAUUAUCUUUCCUAAAAUUAUGUCCAUUUCAGAGUGGAGUACCCCUUUGAUAUGAUAUUGUGUAUUAUUGUUAAGGCAGGUGGAUGAAGAGUUUGGUUAAAUUGUCAGACCUCUUUGUAGAAGGGGAGUGUAUUUGUUCAUUUUUAGCUCAUCCGGCCCGAAGGGCAAGAUGAGCUUAUGCCGUGGCGUGGCGUCCGUCGCCUGUCGUCCGUCCACAAUUUCAAAAUGCUUCUUCUUCGCCAUUUCAAGUCCGAUUUCAAUACUGUUUGCUUUAUAUGAUAGCAUUAGGUGGGGGAUUCAAAACUUCUACGCAGAAUUUUGAAACUCAUUAAAUAUUCUAAUUUAUGCGUAUUUUUAAAAAUUCGCAUAAAAUGCUUCUUCUUUAAUUGUUGACCGAUUUUGAUUUUUUUUUUCUUCCAUCUGGUAGAACUUCAUGAGGUUCACCAAAUUUCUACACAGAAGUUUGACAUUUUCAUUAGAAAAUUAUUUAUGCUAAUUUAUGCGAAAUUUAUUCAUAAAUCACAGAAAAUGCCCCUUCUUUAUUUGUUGACCUAUUUUGAUUUUUUUUUUCUUCUGGUAGAGCUCCAUGAGGUUCACCAAAAUUGUACACAAAAUUUUGUCUAGAAAAUUAUUCAUGCUAAUUUAUGCAAAAUUUAUUCAUAAAUCACAAAAAAUGUUUUUUCUCCUUCAUUUGUUGAUCAAUUUCAAUUUUGUUUGCUGUAUAUGAUAGCUCUAGGUGGUGAUACAAAAUUUCAACACAGAAUUUUGAAACUCAUUAAAUAUGCUAAUUUAUUCAUAUAUUUUCAAAACUCAAAAAAUACAUAUUUAUUGAUUGAUUUUGAUUUUUUUUUUGUUCCAUCUGAUAGCAACAUGAGGUUCACCAAGGUUCUACACAGACUUUAGACAUUUUGACUAGAAAAUUAUUUAUGCUUGAUUUAUAUGAAAUUUAUUCAUAGAUCACAAAGAAUGCUUCUAUGUAAUUUCUUCAUCAAUUUCAAUUCUAUAUCUCAAUUCAUGUCACCAAUAUAGUUCAUUACAGUGUCAACUGGGCUGAAAUUAAAAUUGUGUUAAAUUUUGUUGCGAGAUGCCGGAUGAGCUCCACAUCAUUGAUGUGCUAGUUGUACCAUUAAAAUGGAACUUUGUAUUAAGAAGAAA